UUGUGUGUGCUUUCUGUGUGAAAUUGAGUGCAUACUGUACAUAUUUGAGUGCAUAAUAAAAAUUAUGGCAGCAAUCACUGGAACCAAAUUCAGCUUGGACUUUGAAAAGCUGAAGGAAACAUUUGCUGAAAUCUGCCCGGACUUUGGGGAGGAGCUCAGCUAUGAGGUGGCCAGCGUGUCUCGUCGCUUUGCCGAGCAAGUGAUCUUCUCGUACAGCAAGCAGGCCAAGGCAGCCAAGGCUGAGAAGAAGGACAUGACCUGGACCAUGCGGCUGGACGUGAAGAACGAAGAUGGAUUUGAUGUUCGCAAUGAGGUGCAGAUACUGACGCACUUCCUACGGGAACCGCUGCUGACCCAGCCCUUUGUGAUGCGCAAUCAGCUGCGGAUCACAUUUAAGCAGGCCAGCCUGCUGGCUGUGCACAAGUAUUGCCAGCUGGUGCCGCACUUGGUGAAGCGCAGAGAGAUUGUGCUCACGCCGCUGGCUGGUGCUGUAUUUGCCCAGGACGACAUGCCAAAGCUGGCAGAGAUGCUGGACGUUCCUCUCGCCGAUCUGGUUAUGGCUGUCAUCAGCAGCUGCCAGACGGACGGCUACUACCUGGAGCACAGUCGCUGUCACAUCGCGUUGGUGGCACUCGUAAAGACGGUCGCCGAUGACAAGAUGCGCUCCUCGAUCGUUAAGAAAACCAUCAAAAUGUACAAGCAGCACGGCAAGCACUUCGACAUGGAAAAGUACAAACUUUGGAGUACAUUCCAGCGACGUUCUGCUCCUGCCUCGAGAGAGGCAAAGGCAAAGCCACAGACGAGGACGAGUAUGAUAAGCUGGCCGCGCAGGUUCUGGCUUUGCAACUGAGCAGGCACAAGGCGGGGGAGCCAAGCCAGAUUAAAGGUACACCAAAGCGUGCCAUGAAAUGUGCAGCCAAUUUUCAGAUGGCCAAAACAAGCCUCAUGUGAAGAUCCAGCUAUGUCUGAACUGGAAUUAAGCAACGGCAAGCAAAUUACACAUCGCACAUGCGAGUUUGAUUUCAAUUUACUCUAUAAAACUCACCUUAAUUUGGCUUAGGCUGAAGAUGGGAAUUUGUUCUUGGUACUUCCAUCUAAUUAUGACAACAAUCUACGUUCUUUCUUUCUCACUUAUAUUUCAUAUAUUAACACAACUUUUUGUCAUUCCUGAGCUUGCAGAGGCCGCACAUCAAGGAAAUCGUUUCUUAACAGAUUACCAAUGAGACCGAUCGUACUUCGAGUUUACAAACAAAAAUAAAACAUAACUUUCCGAGUA